AUGAAUAGGAAAUCAUUUAGCACUUUAUGCAUAAUGCUUGAAACUAGGGGUGGGUUAAAAGCAUCUAAAUAUUUACAAGUAGAUGAUCAAGUGGCUAUGUUUUUACAUGUAAUUGCUCAUCAUGUGAAAAAUAGAGUCGUUAGAUUUCGAUUUAUGAGAUCGGGUGAGACAAUUAGCAAAUAUUUUCAUAAUGUGUUACAUUCAAUCAUUCGGCUACAUGGAGAGUUAUUGAAAAUACCUGAACCUGUUCUUAAAAAUUCAACAGAUGAGAGGUGGAAAUGGUUCAAGAAUUGCUUAGGAGCACUAGAUGGAACUCAUAUUAGAGUGAGAGUACCUAUGAAUGAUAAACUAAAAUAUCAUACUCGAAAAGGUGAAAUAGCUACAAAUGUCUUAGGUGUAUGCUCCCAAGACUUGCAAUUCAUAUAUGUGCUACCUGGUUGGGAAGGCUCUGCAGCAGAUGGUAGAGUUUUACGUGAUGCCAUACGUAGAACAAAUGGUUUGUGUGUUCCAAAUGGUUAUUAUUACCUUGUAGAUGCUGGAUAUACUAAUUGUAAGGGAUUUUUUGCUCCAUAUCGAGGCCAACGUUAUCACCUCAACCAAUGGGAAGAUGGGAAUCCUCCUAAAAAUUUACAAGAAUUUUUUAAUAUGAAGCAUUCAUCUGCUAGGAAUGUCAUUGAGAGAUGUUUUGAGAAUGAGAUUAACAGUGUAGACGAAGAAGAUGUUGAUGGAUCCAUAAGAAGUAUUGAAGCUUCUGAAGAGUGGACAAUGUUUAGAAACAAUUUAGCACGUGAGAUGUAUAAUGAAUGGAGAGAACGUAGGAGAGCAAGCUAG